GCUCUAGUACGUGCGGUGAUGGAGGGAGACGAAGAUGCAGUUUUAGAGGCUAUCCACUGUGGUGGGGACAUCAACAUCACACUACCACCGGAUGAUCCUGAAUACCCGGGGGCCUCACUUAUGGUAUUGGCCUCCGUCAAGGACCAUGCAAAACUAGUGCCUCUUCUCCUGGAUGCAGGUCAUCAUGUUGACAACAAGGGUGACUUUCCCUUCACUCCAGUACAGCUGGCUGCUCGCUUAGGCCAUAAGGGAACCCUAGAAGCCUUACUUGCUGCUUCUCCUUGUGUGAAUGCCAGGGAUGUACAAGGUGUUACUGCUUUGCAUAUGGCAGCUAAAUGGGCUCGUCUGGAGUGUGCUGAACUACUGAUCUCCGCCGGGGCAGACCUUGACGCCCAGGACAAAGAUCUACGGAGUCCUCUUCACUCAGCUGUGGUCGGAGGCUCCACGGAGCUGAUAAACUUGCUGCUGAAAUCUGGCUGCAACCGCAAUGCUCUCAACAACUUUAGGUUCUCGGUGAUGCAUUUGGCUGCAUUAAUUGGGAAUGAGAAGGCUAUCCAGGUGCUUAUUCAAGCUGAUCUAAAGCUGGAUGACAAGGGUGAAGCUGAUAUCUUACCUGAAGAAGUGGCAGAAACUUUUGGAAGACACAACACCGCCUGGCUUAUACGAAAAAUAGCGAAGAGAAAGUCAAAGACCAAUCGAACUCCCAUACACAAUCUUAUGAAGAGGAGCUUGGAAGCCUACGAGUCAUGGGGAGAGGAGCUGAUUCAGUGGGCAAAAGAAACAAACAAGAUUACUUCUCUGGCCAAGGCACCUCAGUUGCUUCAAGAAACAGCUUGUCACACUCGACACUUCCAUUAUCAAGACGCCGAAGGUCUGACAGCACUCCCACUGGGCGGCCAGGCUUGCCAACAAACAUACUGUGUGGAACCUAAUUGACACCUGUGGAGCAUUGCCUGGUGUGGUGACCUACGACGGAGAGACCCCUGCUGACCUCGCCCGGCAGGCAGGUCACUAUGACCUAGCUAACGACCUCAAAGCUGCUGCUCGUCCUCAGACAAGUGAAGAUCCAGCUGCGUUGUACAAGGAACUUUUAUCGGUGAUCAGCGCGGAUGACGACAUGAUGGCUGCGUCUAAACUGAUACGAGCUGGGGCGCCCAUUGAGCCUGUUGGUGACUUCUACACCAGUGCCCUCGUCCUCACAGUCACCUGCAACAGACCCAAGAUUCUGAGUCUUCUGGUGGCAGCAGGUGCACCACUAACCACCUGUGCAGGUGGUCUCUCCCUCCUGCAGGUGGCCUGGCGCUCACACGAUGUCACCAUUCGACACAGAGUUCUUGUGACAAGGACCCAGGUGUUUGUGACAUACGCUGGGCAACGCCGGACCUGUCGGUUGUGUGGGUCAUAUGAUCACCUAGCGCUCUGUGUGGAAGGAGGCGUGGCAACAUGGAACAACGGCAAUGACAUACAGCUGUAGAGAAGGGUGAGGAGCAAGAUUUGCCUUAUGUGACUCUGCAUACACAAGGUGGGUCCUGGAGUGAGGAGGUCGAGAGAGCGGAGGAGAUUGAGUCAGCAGGU